AUGCGCACUGUCUGCGUGCUCCUGAUCGCGCUCGUGGCCGCUCUGGCGCGCGCACAGACCGCCGCGCCGUUCCCGCCGCUCAUCUACACCUACGACGGCGCGUCCGCCGCGACCUCGCUCCUGAACGCCAUCUCGACCGCCGGCGCGAACGCCGAGAGCAUCCUCGCGGCGUCCGGCACCGAUACGGCGACUGGACUGGUCGGCGCCUUUCCGACGACGGCGACCGUCGAGGACACCAACUCGCCCGUCGCAGCUACGAGCGUCAUCGGCUUCCAGUCGGGCAACCCUGGCGAGGUUUUCUCGACGGCGACCCGCGCACCGUACACCAAGGUCGGCACCGUCGACACGAGCGUAGCUUCGGCGACCGUCGGUGCGACCAACAGUCCGAGCAGCGGCGCAGGGAGGACAGGCGUGCCGGGCAAGGAGGCGUUCCUGGCUCUCGGCGCGGUCGCUGUCGGUGUUCUCGCGGGAGCAGGGGCGCUACUGUGA